AUGAGCUCAGCGUCAGCAGGUCAGCUGGACUCAUUCUUAUCAUUCAAAUCAACACCUGAAGUUGAAGUUGACUCACUGCAGUUGAACAAAGAGCAAGCUAAGUCUGCCUCUCCAAAGCUUAAAAGUGAGAGUCCAUUAUUAGAUGGUUUGUUUGAUCCCAAAAUAGGACUGGCUUCAUUAGAUGAGAAGCUUAGUAUACCAAAUGAGGAACAAAUAAAAUCCAACCCAGAUGAAACUAUACAACAUGAUAUCCCACAUAUAAGUAAAGAACCAACUGAGUUGCUGUCUCCAACUAUAAUUGGCUCAAAAGAUCAAAAGAGGAAAGAACAACCACCUGAAAAAUCACUUCCAAUCCCAGAAUCACAUCAAGAUGCAGACAUCAAAAUGGAACACGAAGAUGAUAAUUCAAAAGUUUCAGCUUAUGCUCGUUUGGAAUUUGAAAACUUUAUAUUUUAUGUUCAAACAUUACAAGUUGUUUUGGGAAGAAAAUCUGAAAAUGAUCAUUCUCAUUCAGUUGAUGUUCAUUUAGGUAACUCCAAGGCUAUUUCAAGAAAACAUGCAAAGAUUUUUUAUAAUUUUGGUACAGAGAGAUUUGAAUUAUCGAUACAGGGGAAAAAUGGUGCUUUUGUUGAUGAUGUCUUUAUAGAAAGAGGUGCCACUGUUCCUUUGACUAAUAAAUCAAAAGUUCAAAUUGGUCAAAUUGUUUUCAGAUUCGUCUUACCAGGGAUGAAUCCACAAGAAAAAUUGGAAAGCCCGUCUAAACCAAUCAAUCCAGCUGACGCUAUUUCUUUGAGAAGCAGUUUAUAUCAUCACUCAUCAACUGAAAAUGUUCAAGAUAAAUCAGGUUCAAAUACUCCAGGUUUGAGUAGUAAAGAUUUUGAACCGGUAUCAACAGUUACUUCAUCAACAACUACUGAUAAUGCUGCAGCUCAAAAGAAGAGUAAAGAGAAGAAGACACCAAAACCACCAAAACCACCAAAGAAGGUUUAUACAUUAGAAGAAAUACCUGAAGAAUAUAGAACUAAACCUAAUUGCUCCUAUUCAAAUUUGAUUGCAACUUGUUUGAGAACUCAUGGUACUCCAAAAGGUAUGUCAUUAGCUGAGAUUUAUAAAUCUAUAAAGGAAUUAUUCCCAUACUAUAAAUAUUGUCCUGAUGGUUGGCAAAGUUCUGUUCGUCAUAAUUUAUCACUGAAUAAGGCGUUCAGAAAAGUUUCAAAAGAAGGUAAAGGUUGGUUAUGGGGAUUGGAUGAAGAAUACUGUGCUGAAAAGGAGAGGGCAAAGAAGAAGCAAGCAGCAGCAGCGGCUGCCAAAGCUAAAGCAGCAGCAUUGAAACUGGAACAACAACAAUUACAACAACAAAAACUCCAGCAGCAAAGAUUGGAACAGCAGAAGCAAAUGCAAAUGAACCAAGCUUCUCAACCUCAACUUCAACAGCAGCAGUCACCAUUGCAACAGCAACAACAGCAGCAGCAACAGCAAAAGGUUGGUCAAUUACCACCUACGCUAGGUUUAUCAACAAACCCUGCUGCUCAAAGUAUACCUCUUCAGUCACCUGCUAUUACUCAACAACAAAAGUUGAGUCAAAUAACACUGCAAAAUACAAAACCCCCAUCAACACCUGCCCAAAACCCUCUCACAAAUCAACAGAUACAGAAUCCACAACCUCAGCCACAACAAUCUACAAUUCAUCAGACUCAACAUCAACCUCAACCUCAACCUCAAAUUCUAACACCAACUCAACCCAAAUUUACACCACAACCUCAGUCAUCGCAACUGCCACCACCACCUCAAGCAUUGUCUCAAUUGCAAAAUCAAGCUCCUGUGCAGCCUAAUAAACAACCUCAAUUUCAUCCACAACAGCAGCAACAUCAACCUUCACCUCAAAUUCAACCUCAAUUUCAACACCAACAACAGCUUCCUCCACAGCAGUUUGUACCACAAUACAAUAAAGCUACACAACCUACACCAUCCCCAUAUCAAAACAAGACACCAAGUAUUCAAGCUCAGCUAGCUGCUAAUCGUGGUAUCACACCUCAAGCGUCAAGACCAUUAUCAUUGCCUCCACAACCUACACCAAAACCACCUCCAACUGGUCUAACAGCUGACACAAAGAAGGCUUUAGCUCAUUUGCAACAACAAUUGGUUGUUUUAUCUAAAGAUUUGAAAACAUUAGUUGAUAGACCGACCAUUUCUGCUAUUUUAACUCAAGCCAUUGCAAUGACAAUUGCUCAAGUUACACAAGCUGCUAAAACUAAAGGUAUUACAUCUGAUCCGUUGGCUACUUUGAUUGAAACAAAUCCUCAACAAUUGACUAGAAUUUUGACUGUUGCAUUGAAUGCUGCUACUUUUAAAGUUACAAAUGGAAGAAUUAAAGCUCCUUUAAGUAUAUCACCUUCUGUGGAGAAUUCUGCUGCUAAUUCAAGAGCUGGUACACCUGCCUUACCUCAACAUUCACCACUACCUCCAGCUUCUUUACAGCAACAUGUCCCCUCACCUACUGUUUCAAAGAUUCCAAUACAACCAAUCCAAUACCAACAACCUCAACUUCAACCACAGCUAGUGCACAUUAAACAGGAAAAGGCACAACAGAAUAGGAACCAGUUACCAGCUCCACAAACUCAGUACGCUAAUCAACCAACUAAACAGUUUCAAGCUGGUACUCCUAGUAAUAUGCAACAAAUUAAUGUUGUUCAACCACAACCUGUCAAGACUCAACUCAAUCCAUUGUUGUCAAACCAUCCACCAGUUAAUUUAAACUCUGGUGCUCAAACUCAACCACCUACACCAAAUGCUGCGAAAGUUCAACCAGUUCAAAGAGCCAAUUCUACAAUUGGAGCUCCUAGCCAAGCUGCUCAAAAUCCUGCUUUCAAUAACAUUAAUCAUCCAUUGCCAAAUGUUUCAACUGCACAGCAACAAGUCCCUUCUAACAAUUCAUUUGUUUCAAAUAUUCAAGGUCAAUCAUUGAAACAACCACAAACUGAACCAUCUACACCACAACUUCAAAAAGCACAACCUAUUGCUCAUCAAACUGCUCCUCAGAACAGACCAGCUUCUCAACCUAAUGUUAAUGUGGAUCUGGUCAAGAGUACUGGUGGCACACAGGGCUCUAUUGCUCAAGCUUUCAAUGCUGUCUCUGUUCCUGAUAAUACAACUGCUGGUCCAAAGCCUCAAGUUCAGACUCAACCUCAACAACUUCAGCCUCAAGCUCAAGCACCACCUCAAGCUCAACAACAAGUUCAGUCACCAGCUCAACCAGCUACAGCACCAGCACCUGUGCCGACUCAACCUCAACCUCAAUUUCAACAAUCACAGUCUAGUGUUAUUAGUCAAGCUUCAUCUGGUACACAAUCUGCAGCACCGGUUUCUAUUCCUGUUAACAAUCAACAUAAUAAUGUUCAGGUAAAGAUGGAAUCCAAGCAAGUAGAAGUUGAGAUUCCAAAGGUUAAAAAUACUGAACCUACAACCACUGUGAAAGUUGAGCCAUUUGUUAAUAAUGAAAAUCAGAAUGAAGCCCCAGAUUUAUCAUUUUUGGAUAAUGAUUUGAAUGAUGAAGAGUUUGAUAAAGUUUUAAAAUCAUUAUCAAAAGAAGGCACACCAGCAGUUGAAGGCGAUGAUAAGGUUAUGGAUGCUGAUGAGUUGAAUAGACUUUUAUCAUCUGAUUUCACACAAUCUUAUGAACCAAAUACAGAUACCAAUGGUCCAAGAAAAAGAUCAUUUGAAGAUGCAGAGCUCUCAAUUGAUGAAUCUCAUAAUGAUAAGAUUGCUAGAACAGAACAAUAG